AUGAGGAUUUCACGAAACCUCCUGGUCUUGGUGCUCAUCGCAGUGACGAGGGCUCAAGAUAACGGGACAGAGACAAAGCCCCAAGACUGGGAGGCCAAUCAGUGCGAUUGCUACCUGACAGACGGCAUUGAACCAGAAUACUACACUCAGCAUCGGUUUUGGGACUUUAGAAACCUCGGAGACUACGCUCGAAUUCCGGACACGAUCGCGGGAGAGAAUGCAUCCGCUGAAGCAGACAUCACGAGCAAAUACUUCAAGAAAAAGGAAUGGAAGGACUUUUGGGCUAUCCAAAGCUGGAGCAACCGAAGAAGUCACGACACUCUUGCUUAUGGCGCGGGGUUCCCCAUGGUCAAUUCUGCAAACAACAUUUACAUCCGGACCAACCCAGACAAGAACCCAGCGUCGGAAACAUAUCUUUCCAUGCGAACGAACCGACAGCAAGAUUUUCAAGUCGCAUCUGAGUUCGACUCAAUUGAUCGCUUCCAAUUUCUCUCUAUCAGAUUCCUCGGUCGCGUGAGAGGUGCACCCGGCGCUUGUAUGGCCAUGUUCACAUACGUCCCUGCCGACGAGAUCAAGAACGUGCAAGAAGCCGACAUGGAGAUUCUGACCCGUGAAGACUACGAUCGGGUUCACUACACGAAUCAUCCAGGUUACAGCAUUGAAGGCGAAGUGUAUCCCAAGGCAACGCGCAACACAACCCUCCCCGAUGAUCUCAAAUGGAAUAAGUGGGUAGAACAUCGUCUGGACUGGACACCAAGCCAAUCAAUCUGGUACGCCAACGGCAAACAAGUCGCCAACAUUUCCUUCCAAGUACCCCGCGAUCCAUCUCUUAUGAUAUUCAACACAUGGGGCGACGGCGGCGUCUGGACCCAGAACAUGACGACGGGCGAAGAAGCGUACAUGGAGAUGCAGUGGCUUCAACUCUUGUACAACACCAGUGAUGCAUCUGCUAAGCACAAGCGGGAUGACGCUGGCCCGAAAGGGAGGUUUUUGAGGAAGAGAGGGGAUGAGGAUGUUUGUAGAAUGGUGUGCAGUAUUGAUCAAGAAGAUGGUGCUGGGGUAGUGACGUGGCUUUGGGGGAAUAAUACGGCGAGCAGUCUGUUGAGUGGGAGGAGUGUUGGUGCGAGUUUUGGAGGGUUGAUAACCUGGGUUUUGGGAUCAGUGAUGUUGGCGCGAUGGAUCUAA